UCAUACAUUUUUUGGUGAUUGGCCAUUUUUGACCCAUUUCAACCUUUUAAUCAGAACCAAUGAAAAGUGAAUGAUUAAAAUCGGGACGGUGUCAAUAUUUUCAUUAAAGUUUAUCGCACUCUUGCAAAACUGGUCGGUUUGCCUGUGAUAACACCGCUCGCUCGUUAGCAAAAAUGUUUUCUAAGCGAGAGAAAAGGCUGAAUCUAAAUUCUUCUAAAUUGGAGUUUGUGAACAAUGAAAAGGAAAAGCCUUUGUCUAAGCGCUGCUUUGUACGCUCACUUGUUGCUCUGGGGUUAUCAUUAGCGGCCAUCACUAUUAUUGUUGUGGUAAUUGUGGUUUGGUUUCGAACGGGUCCAAGUUCGGAUAAAUCUGUAGAAGACGACCACGACACAAGCUGUUCGUUCUCCGAAGAAGCAAGGCGGGUUGGUUUGGAGCAGUUUUUACAGAAGCUUCGAUCUGAGUUCGAGAAGUAUCAUCCAUACCUGAUCGCCUCAAAACCUGACGUAACGUCGUCAGAAGUUCGUCAGGUCUAUCGUCCGUACGAUUUCCGAGCGGAGGCUAUAAAAAACAGAACCGACACCAGCGAUGCACUUUACAACGAGUUGCAAACUAUCGUAUAUGCGAACGUGAACGAGCGUGAGCUCAGGCUAAGAGAAAGGAAAGCUAUGCAUGUUGCGAAAAGUAUUUUAAAGGUUGCUUUCGGAUGGAGCCCUUAUGAAGGGAAUUAUUACUCCGGAGAUUGGUUGCUCGGACCGAACUUCUUCUGUUGGCAGCCUGUAUGUUAUUUGCUGACUAACCUAGCAUCCUGUUUACCUCAUUUCAAGCCAGCAAGUGUGAGUGACAUACAACAGUUGCUUCAUCUUUUACGACAACACAACAGUUCAGUUCAACAAUAUAAAGAAAAUCUACGGAGUGCCGUCAAAGUUGGAAUGGUACGGCCUGUGGAAGCUUGCAAAGUUGGAGUGCGCGAAUUCAAGAAGCGAUUUUUCUCAAUUGCGGUGUCAAACGAAAGUGGUAUACUUGAGACACAAGUCGCAAAGAUCCUUCUAAGCAGAGAGUUUCUUGACAAAUUAACGCCGGAAGUAAGGAAAGCAUGGGCACUGCAGUUUAAAGAAACAGUAGAAGAGUCUCUGAAGCAUUGUAUUGUUCAGAAUCUUGGAAAACCUCUCCAUGAUUUGAUAAGAUUUUUAGAAACAGAGUACCUUCGUUAUUGUGUUCCAAGCAAGGUCUCAAGUGGUCUCUCCAGUCUCCCUCUUCCACACGUGUACGUCGAUGGAGUGGUGAGAAGUGAUCAGCCAACAACUCAGAAGUUGCCCUCAGGACACAAGUUGAACGGAGCUCAGGCUUAUAUGAAACUGCUCUCAUUUUUUACGACACUCGAAAUCUCGCCCAGACAGCUCAAAGAUAUCGCUCAAAAGCGAUUAGACCACUUGCUAUCACAGGCCGUAACACUCGCCAAGUUAUACACAACAGAAAAAGACAACAGCACUGCUGUCAGAAAGUUUAGAGAAGUCUUGGAAUCACGAGACAUGUUUUUUAACGCACAGCCGUUCCCCGCAAAUGAGUCUGGAGAGGAUGCGUUUUUUCUGUGCACCGCUGAACAGAGAUCGCGAUUGUUUUGUCCUACUAGAUGGAAAGCUAUGCAAAAAUGGAUUGAAACUACGAGUGAAACCAUGAACCUUAUCAGACCAAAAUUAUCAAGGUUAUUUUACGACAGCGGGAAAAAGAAAACCAUACCUGACUGUGGAAUCAAGGUAGUCCCGUGGUACCACUCCGAGGCAGUUUUUCAAAGUUACAGCGAGUUCAUUGGUGUUAACUGUAAAGACCCCUCUCUGCAAAUGUUGCCUUUCUUUGUUGAUAACUUUGGUCCAAAGUACACUGAGUGGACAACGUCUGCUCAUGAGCAGUUGCCAGGACAUCAUCUUGAGGUUCGCAGUUACAUGGAGACUUUCCGAAGCAAAUGCAAUGACGUAAUAUCUUCGAUAAGCCGGCCAAACUAUUUCCCAGGAUUCACUGAGGGUUGGGCUACGUACGCCGAAUAUCCACUCAUGACGAAUGAUACAGAUAUUUACAGUAACACAGCUAACAAGAGUAACAAGAACGCCGUUUUACAAAAGUACGGCAUGCUAAAAUAUCAGAUUUUGGCAGCAUUGCGAAGCUUUCUAGAUGUCAAUAUCAAUUACUACAAUAUGUCCCGGAUGGAAGCUGAACUCAUUUAUAAUAAAUACGCUUGGGGAAGUAGCACUGUGGCUUUCAAGGACAUUACGCGGUUCCAAAGCUCCCCGGGAGUUGUAACUAGCUACAUGAUUGGUCAAAUGACAUUUGUCAAAGCGAGAAGACUCAUGGAAGAGACACUUGGUCCCAAAUUUUCUCUGCCCGAGUUUCAUUACCAGGUCCUUCGACAGGGUGAAAUACCCCUUGAAUACUUACUCAAGUAUAUACGGGAUUUAUCUCACCGAUGACCAUAUCAUCAAAAGCGCACGUAUUUAUGGCGGGGUAUGUAUUUACGAGACAUGCAAGAAUUAUUACGCGUGGAUCCCGUUAUGAACAUCUUUAUUAAAAUUCCCAAGUCGGGAAUUACUCGCAUUACUGACUAGGCCUCUUAAGGCCAUUAACUGACGGACAUCUCUCCGUAGUCAGGUCCAACAUAGAUUUUGAGAUUCUCCAUUAUCGAUCGAACAUCCUGAAAAAAAAAAAAAUUAAGUUUCUUGUUCGUGACUGAUCUCAAUCUUCCUUACACCUUUUGAUAUCUCAGUUUCGCUCCUAGUAAACUACAGGGACCGUUAGUGUGCAUUAA